CCUUUCUCCCAUCCCUUGGAGCCGGCCGGUCGCUCCCUCCUCCCCUACAGCGGUUGAUAUGACGUCACCGCGCUGCUGAGCUCCGUUUCGUUGACAGCGCGGCGGCGGCUGCCCUGAGUGCCCGGCGGAAGGGACAGUCAGAAAAAGGAGGCGGAAGAUACCGACUCGGGCGUUCCGUGCUGGAGGGUUUAUCGCUUGAGGAAAAUAACGAGCUGAGGGUCUUGUUUGGCGCCUCACCGCCCCCUCCCCUUCGUGCCCAGCCCUUUUAUCGCCGUUUUUCCCACACAUCUGUAUCUGCUUGCUGGUUGUGUAUAGACGAGGCCGCCGCUCCCCCGCCUUUCCGAAGACCUUUCCUGAGGAGCAGUCCCUGGGCCGGGAGAGGCCGCCGCUCGUCACCGCGCUGUGUGCUCGGAUGACUCCCCCCGGUGGAAUGAACCUGCCGCGUUGAAUGACUCAAGUUUUCUUUGGGAGUCCUCUUGUGGUUUCUUGCAGCUGAAGCCACUCUGUGGCCAUAUUCAUCGUAGACUCGGAGUUCCUUAGGAUUAGUGAACUCCUGAAGGUCUCCACCACUGUAUUGUUUCUGGGACUGAAUUCAUCAUGGUCCUGUCACAGAGGCAACGAGAUGAGCUAAAUCGAGCUAUAGCAGACUAUCUUCGUUCUAAUGGCUAUGAAGAGGCAUACUCCGUUUUCAAGAAGGAGGCAGAGCUAGAUAUGAAUGAAGAGUUAGAUAAGAAGUAUGCCGGCCUGCUGGAGAAGAAAUGGACAUCAGUUAUCAGAUUACAGAAGAAGGUAAUGGAAUUAGAAUCAAAGCUGAAUGAAGCGAAAGAAGAGUUUACAUCUGGAGGACCAAUUGGUCAGAAGAGAGACCCCAAAGAAUGGAUACCACGCCCUCCUGAAAAAUAUGCACUUAGUGGUCAUCGGAGUCCGGUCACUCGCGUCAUUUUCCAUCCAGUUUUUAGUGUUAUGGUCACUGCUUCAGAGGAUGCAACAAUUAAGGUGUGGGACUACGAGACAGGAGACUUUGAACGCACACUCAAGGGACACACGGACUCUGUACAAGAUAUUUCAUUUGAUCAUUCUGGCAAGUUUCUGGCCUCCUGCUCAGCCGACAUGACUAUCAAGCUAUGGGAUUUCCAAGGAUUUGAGUGCAUUAGGACCAUGCAUGGUCACGAUCACAAUGUUUCCUCGGUAGCGAUAAUGCCUAAUGGAGAUCAUAUAGUGUCUGCUUCAAGAGACAAAACAAUUAAAAUGUGGGAAGUUCAGACUGGGUAUUGUGUGAAGACUUUCACAGGCCACAGAGAGUGGGUCCGCAUGGUGAGGCCCAACCAAGAUGGUACACUGAUUGCAAGUUGUUCUAAUGAUCAAACUGUUCGCGUUUGGGUGGUAGCAACGAAAGAAUGCAAAGCAGAGCUAAGAGAGCAUGAGCAUGUUGUAGAGUGCAUCUCCUGGGCUCCAGAGAGCUCCUAUUCAACUGUACUGGAUGCCACAGGAUCUGAGACUAAGAAGAGUGGUAAACCUGGACCAUUUCUGCUAUCAGGAUCCAGAGAUAAGACUAUUAAGAUGUGGGACAUCAGCAUUGGCAUGUGCCUAAUGACACUUGUUGGCCAUGAUAACUGGGUACGUGGUGUUCAGUUCCACCCUGGAGGUAAAUUUAUAUUGAGCUGUGCCGAUGAUAAGACUCUUCGUAUUUGGGACUAUAAAAAUAAGCGCUGCAUGAAGACUCUAAAUGCGCACGAACAUUUCGUUACCUCUUUGGAUUUCCACAAGACUGCACCCUAUGUGGUCACUGGAAGUGUAGAUCAAACAGUAAAAGUGUGGGAGUGCCGUUGAUUUAAGUUCACCUUGGAUCCCAUUGCCUCUCCCCUUCCUCUGGAUGCACUCAGAUACCAUGGUUACCCAUUGAGCUCUGUUAAAUACCUAUUGUCCUUUCAUGUAAAUUAUUCUGGAUGUAGAUUGAGCUUAUUAAAUGUUACACAAAGUAUUCAUGCAUGGUGAAUCCAAAUUGUAUACUGUAAAUUUACAUACGUUGUCUAGAAGUACCAUAGUUUAAGAACAUGGGCAGGCAUUGGUCACAUCAGACCUAAGAGGCAAGAACGGGGUCAUUCUGGGGAGUCCCUGGCUCUACCUGCAGAAUCAUGCCUGUCACUCUUUGUCUUCGGUUGUGGUUUCCUGGAUCAGUUGGCUCACUUCAGAAGCACAUCAUUGUGGGGCUUUUUGAAAAGUAAUGUGGAUCUACUACACUAUUUUUAAGUGUGCUUUAAAAUUGUACACUUCGUGUUGGAGUGUCUACAAAAUUGGAGUUUGUGUAGCAGCAGCACUUGUCUUUUAUGUAUGUAAAGAUUACUGCAAAACAUGGCACUAAAUACUUUGUUGCAGGUAUUAAACUUCCCAUUACACCUGCUUUGUUUCCCUUUUUAUUUAAGUUGUCUUUGAGGAUUUUGGAUGUUCUACUGUUUGAUUAGUGUCUAAUAAUCGCCACCUAGGGUACUUUCAGGGGCAUUACACACUCGAUGGCCUUUUUAAGGAGAUUGUUGGAUGGUAACCAAAGACUUCACAUCAGUGGUAAAGUAAGAAUUAUGCAACAAAAUUGUCCAAUGUACCUAAACUUGUUUUUCUAACAACCCUCUGCAAUGGUGUAAUGUUACCUCUUCAUUUAUUAUUUUUUACGUCCGUCCACCAUUGUGUGCCUCUGGAUUAGCUACCACCAUGCCUUCAUCUAGAGCAGAGGUCCGUUUUUGUUUUAUGAAUAUGUCCACAGGAAACCUUUGUAUGGACUGAAUUUCUGAAAUAUAUUUGCAUGUGAAAUGAGGACCAUUAAAAAAAACAAACAAACAAAAAAAAAACUGUAGGUACAAAAAUCCACUAGCAAAAAAUGUCAUCAGAGGGGCAACCGUGUAUAGACUUGUUUGCCCUUAGAAUUUGGUAGCUUUACUGGCACCUUAUUUCCUCAGGGUGGAUAUCUUGAGAUUUCACUUUACUACCUUAUUUUAUUUCUUCUCUCACUAAAUGUUACCUAAAUCAUUAGCCGGAACAGAGACUUCUGAAGGGCUUGUAGAUGGAUGGUGUGAGGAUGGACACGCUAGUCCUGGAAACUGCAGGAAUCUUCUGCGUCAGGCUUGGGUAUACUGAUCCAUGGGGAUGGAUCGUGCGUGCUCCAGACUAUACUAGUGGUAUGGCUUAACCACACAGAUUAGACACGAUGGUUAAUAUUUAUCUGUUUCAUUGCAAAAAGAUACAGAAGAAAAGCAGUUGUCUCGUGUGUCCUCUUACUGAGGUCUCCUGUCUCUUAAACAAAGCGCCUAUUUCAGGGAAGUAAAAUGCACGUUGUAAGAAAUUCCUCGCAUCUGAUGCAACAUCUAGACAUUGCUUUUCAAAAAGUACAUCCCGAGUCUGUCCUCCUGUAGUGACACUGACUGCAUUCAUCCAUCUGGUCCAUCUACCAUGGCCAUGUAUAUGAAAUGCUUUGUGUAGAAGUCCCAUUUGAGGAUUUAAAAAGAAAAAAAAAAACAUUCACACUGACUUUUUUAUUUUUUAUUUUUCACCACUUGUGUAAAUGCAACAGCCUGAGAGUUCCAAGUCCUCAUUGAUUCCAGUGAAGGCCCAUGCAUUCACUAUUUUGUGUUGCAGAAGUGCAGCUUGUUGUAUGGUCCACCAUGUAUCCUGGGAAGGGAAAAUGCUGUUUAAAAAAUAAAAUAAAGAAAAUGCACAAAAGCCUUGUGGGUACUUGGCCUGUGGUAUCCAGCUAUGGUAUAUGAAGAAAGAAAAGUCACCUUUUCACACUUCACUAAUGUUGUGUUACCUCACGUUAAUAGACACUUGUACUGCUUGGUGUGAGUGCGUAGAGCCUGUAAUUACCUAAGAGUUCUGGACUGUGCUGCACAUCUCAUCCAACCAUCUCUAUUGAAAGAGAGGUCCAGUUUUUUUUUUCCUCCUACUUUUAAAAUGCAGAAUGCAAUGGACCUUCAUGAAGAUCUCCAUCCAUGGCAUAUGUCCUUUUCUUGGAUGCUUUUCUCUAGGAAGCCUUGAAGUUGUCACAGUGUGCAUACUAUGUCAUGGAUUCCUUGGCUGCUGAUAUCCAGUCAGCUUUCAUGUUGGCUCUUAUUUAUUAGGCAAGUGUGAGUGUGCCUUAUUGCCUCUUGUACUUUGAUACUUAUUUUGUAUAGUAUCUUGAAGCAUUGAUGACCUGCUUUAUAGUGCUGCUGUCUUUUAAAGAUAUUGGAGAGACCGAGACGAAUGCUUCAGCUCACAGAAAGUGACUUUAGAGAAUUAGAACUAAAAGGAAAUUCCACUUCCUAGAUGAAGUCACUCCACGCGUAGCAUUGGGUCAAGUGGAAAUCUGUCUGCUCCUUGCGUUUUGAACAGCAAAUCAGAAAUUGAAAAAUGGAGGUAAACCAUGACGGCAAGUAAAACUGCAGAGUGAAGGGGAGAAGGGUGACAGUAACCCGUGUACCAUAGGUCUGAAAGUCACCAUCAGAGCGUAAAGCUAACUUGAAUAUCUGCUUAUUGGCAUCCUCAAGCAUCAGCUCCAUCUUACUCUGUUCUUGGAGGACUCGUGCUUCUGAGGGAUGCCUUGCUUCUCCUGUCAGUCAGCAUUGAACUUCUUCUGUCAGUUCCUCUACAAUGACUGUGGAAGAGGGCCAAGACCAUACAAACCAACAUCAGGCUUCACCUUUGUAACGUUUCCCUGUCGAUGGACGUCUGUUUGCCCUGUGUCGCCUGUAAUUGAAUUUAGUCCUAGUUAUGGCUUGAAGAAGUGCGAAUAUGUUCUAACAGUAGUAAGCAGAAACGUGGGGACUUUGGAUUAAAGUUGUUGCUGUCUAAUAGCAUUUUGCACUUUAGAAGUAUAAGCCGUCCUGCUUUUGUGUGGUGUGACCAAUGAUGUGCCCAGGCACUAAUCAAACAAUAGUAACUAGCAAGCAGUCAGGGCCGUGGAGCAUUGUAGAUAAAUUGAGUAGACCCACAAAGCCCAGUCUACGUAUAAUUGUCGAUUGCCCCCCUCCCCCGCUUCUGUUUGCCUCUUCUGCUUUAUGUGAACCUCUGGUAUUUUAAUUCUUUAACCAGCACUCCACCAGUGCCCCCUGCAAGAGAUGUGUAAAGCUACUAUAUUGCUCAGCGGUGACUUGAUAAUCCUCGAAAUGUGUAUCUGGAAAAAUGGGGGCAAAAUAUAGAUCUAACAAAAUAACAGGCACUUACAUUAUUUGUCAAGACCGUAGGUACAGAUAAUAGUUUAAACUUACGGAUGGAAGUCUGCGGCGAAUGUAACUUCUGGGAUUGGGGUCAAAAUGUUACUCUUUGUAAAUGGGGGGCGUGGAUUUACAAGUCACAGCUGAGAUGUUUCUCUUCUAACCUGUUUUGUUUUAGCCGUCCCCCCCCACUAUCAUGUAAGUGGCUACUUUCUUCUCCUCCAGGCUGCCAUUGUCCCACACUUCAUUGCUCACCUUUCUUCAGUUCCUUCUUUGAAGAACGUUUGAUCUUCAUAGUAGUUGACCCUGACACGGACAUGAGUGUCCAUUUUCGUAAAGAGAAAAAAAAAAAAAAAAAAAACGGGAAGGUUUUAUUUUGGAGGCUUUUUUUUGUUUUUUUAAGACUGUAAGCGUUAACUGAGAAGAAAGUGAGAUGAAAGGCAAAUAUAAAAAUCAGUAAAGGAAUGUAUAUAAUACUGCUCUGUGUUUUACAGUUUAAGAUUUGUUGCUAUCAGACUGUGUAAAACAAAAUUUAUUCAUGUUUUCUGCAUAUUAAAAAAAAUCUUAUUGUACCAAUUGGUAAACUAUUAAAUGCAUAUAAAACUA